AUGGCCCACAACAGAAACCAGUUCACCCAGGGACAGGAGCCCACGGCUGCGGCCCCUACGCCCUCACUAGCUCUUGAUGACGAGAUGCUCAAAGGAAGUGCACUUCGAACGGUAUUCGAAGCCAGACUCAAGGACAAUGUCAAAGACGGUCUUGUGCACCACGACAAACCUGACACACUUCAUAAGCUAGUCGAGCUAGCCACCCGAAUCGACAACCGACUGUGGGAACGAGCCCAGCAAAAGGGACGAUUUCAGCCUACAGUGGCCAACAUGAAGAAACAGCAAAACCGCACAGACAGGGACGGUGACACCGUUAUAACUGGACACUUCCGCAGAGAUUGCCCGAAGAACAAAACUAGCAAGCAGGCAAUAGUCAAGGUCAAGAUGAUCAGACUAUCCACGCCAUACCCCAGACACGAUCUCACGUUAGAGGACAAUCUUAGCGAUGUAGACCUCUAUGACAAGGCACGAAGAGCCACUAGCCUAGAAUACGUAGUCAUCCCCAAACUAGCCUAA